GAAAACAUGCAAACUGAGUCCGGCUGCAGCGGCCCGGACCAGCCCACGGUGGGUGGGACCUAACGGGGAGAGGAGGGCCGCUUCUGUCGGCCUGCUGUCAUUGUUCAGCCCCGGGGGUAAUCGCACCAUCCAGGCGGUGAAGGUCUUCACAUUUCUCUGAAAUUAUAAAGGAUGUCUCGAGAGCAGCAGGCGGUGGCCCGGGCCAGGAAGGCCUUCGAAACGGGUCGGUCCCGACCCCUGGAGUACCGGAUCAUCCAGCUGAAGAACCUGCAGCGCUUAUUCAUAGAAAGGCAGAAAGAGAUCUCAGAUGCCGUCAAGAAAGAUCUCAAUAAAAGUGAAGUGGGGACGCAGCUGUAUGAGACUCUGGGUCUGGAGGGGGAGAUCAGCCUGGCCAUCAAGAAGCUGAAGGAAUGGGCCGCCCCCCGUCCUGUAGAGAAGAACCUCAUGACCCUUUCUGACACGGUUUACAUCCAACCGGAGCCGCUGGGGGUGGUGCUGAUUAUCGGGGCCUGGAACUACCCCUGGGCGGUCACAGUCCAGCCUCUCAUUGGAGCGAUUGCAGCAGGUAACGCAGCUGUGGUGAAGCCGUCAGAGGUCUGCGUUCACACUGCAAAGGUCAUGGAGGAUCUGUUGCCGCUUUAUAUCGACAAGGAGCUUUACCCUGUAGUGACGGGAGGAGUCCCAGAGACCCAGGAGCUUCUGCGCCAGCGAUUCGAUUACAUCUUCUACACCGGUAACAGUGCGGUGGGCAAAGUGAUCAUGGAGGCCGCCGCCAAACACCUGACCCCUGUGACCCUGGAGCUGGGCGGCAAGAGCCCCUGCUACAUCGACAAGAAUUGCGACAUUAGCAUAGCCUGCAGACGAAUCACGUGGGGAAAGUACACAAACUGCGGUCAGACCUGCAUCGCCCCAGACUACAUCCUCUGUGACCCCAGCAUUCAAGACCGGGUCAUCGAGGAGGUCAAGAAGUCCAUUAAGGAUUUCUACACAGAAAAACCAAAGACGUGCCCAGAUUACGGGCGCAUCAUCAACCAGCGGCACUUUAAGAGGAUCAUGGCCUUGGUGGGGGACAGCACAGUGGCUGCAGGGGGAGAUGGAGACGAGUCAGACUGCUUCAUCGCUCCCACAAUUCUGCGUGACGUGAAGCCUGAUGCCAAGGUGAUGCAGGAGGAGAUAUUUGGACCUCUUCUUCCCAUCCUGCCCGUCAGCGGACUGGACGAGGCCAUAAAGUUCAUCAACAAGGGAGAAAAACCUCUGGCUCUGUAUGUCUUCUCUGCAGAUGAGAAGGUGAUCAACAGAAUGAGAGACGAGACGUCCAGCGGAGGAUUCCUGGCAAAUGAUUGUCUGGUUCAUUUCUCUGUCAGUUCGCUGCCUUUUGGAGGAGUAGGAAACAGCGGCAUGGGCUGCUACCACGGCAAGUUCAGCUUCGACCAGCUGAGCCACCUGCGCGGCUGUCUCAUCAAAAAGCUGAAGAUGGAGGGAGUGAACAACAUGCGCUACCCGCCACACACACCCAAGAAACUGGGCUGGGCACGCUUCUUCAUCCUGAAGACCUUUGACCUGGGCUGGGUGGGCAGGAUGCUGCUGCUGGCCUUGAUGGCGGUGGUGGCGGCUGUUGUGCUGCAGAAAUAUCUCCACUAAGGACAUCUUCUACUCACCUCCCGUUUCCCCCUGUCUUCCUUUUUCUGCCUGAGAAGGAAAAGAGAUCAGAGUAAAUAUACAUGAAAUCAUAAUAAGUCAAAUCAUCAUAUUCAGUAAGAUGUAGGCCAUUUUUUGGCUGUUGCCUUAAAUCCGUGUAGCAUUUCACCAACAAUAAUAGAAGUGUCGUCUAUAUCAGUGUGAAGGAAACUGAUUAUCUGCGUUUGUAUUCAGCAUCACUACGUUUUUAUUUAACCUGGCGGAGGUUUGAAAACUUGAAAGGAUUUUAAAGCUUUUGAAAUGAAGAAACUGAAGCUUAGCUAAAGCUAAGAAGGACGUUAGCUUUGCAGAAGAAAUGUUGUUGCUUAAAAAGCUGGAAACAUGAAGUUUUAUCCAUUUUGUUUGUGAUUUUAUGUUUGUUGUGCAUUGACCAGGUUCUGGUUCUGGUUCUGAUUGUUCUGAUUACAUCAGAAUCACAUGAAGGAUCUUUUUACGCCGUUUGUGCUGAAAACUGUACUUAGAUACAGUAAGUAGGAACAAAAGUGAAACAUUUCUUUUAUUGUACCAUUAACAUUUCACAAACUUAUUAAUAAUCACAAAAAUAAAUAAGUCUGCUCUAAUUAAUAUUAAAAUAUAUUUCUACUUGUUCA